CUGACGGCCGACGAGCACGAGCUCCCCAAUGCCACUAUCUCCUCGACGGCCUGCGAGUGUGCAUGGGCACAUUCCCAUUCCAGACGCGACCAUCGUCCACCUGGAUUCUUGGACGGAACGGACCACGACGACGGUACUCGCUACCAUCGCCGGAUCACGCUGUACACGGUAAACGCGGCGGUGCCGUCGCCGAGUUCUCUGCCCUCGUUCCGGUAACGACAGACAACGCGCCCUUUUCUCUCCGAACCAUGAAGCCACAAAUGAAAGAACGUUAUCGAAAACAAAAGUUUUUGAAAAAUUUAGGUCUACAACCAAAUAAGAAUACAAAGCCUGCAGAUGAUGAAACCGAUUUCAAUAUAUGCGAAAGAGUAUGUUUUUAUUACUUUGAUGAUGAUGCACAAGUGAUAUGUCGAGGUUGUUAUAAAAGUUUUAAAACAUGGUUAAACUAUCGAAUGCAUUUUAAUACAUUAUUAUGCCAUACAACUGAAACAAAUUAUAAGUUAAACACUUAUAAUGAUGUUUAUAAAAAAUACAAAUUAAAGAAAGCCAAGACAAAGAAAAAAAUUAAUGAUCGUUUAAGUGCUGCACAACUUAUGGAUUUGGAAACAUUGAACACUCGUAAAACAAGAAAAAGAUGUUACAAAAACACUAGGGUAGUUGUUACUGUUUCAAAAUCUUCAUCAGACUCUGGUUCAUUAAGUUCAGAAAAAACAAAUGUAAAGACAAUAAAGAAGGAAGCUGCUGAAAAUCUUAUUAGUAGUGAUGAAAGUGUGGAGGAGUCAAAAACAAAAUCUAAACCAAAACCAAUUGGUUGCAAUACUGUUCAAGUUCAAGACAUUCCAAGUAGUACAAAAACUGUUAUUCCUAAUUCACCUCAUGACAAUCAGGCGACAUUAACCAUAAAAACUGAAUGGAAAACUAAUGACUUAUCUCAGAUUUCUUCAGACGAUCAUUCAUCAAGCUCUACUAAUAGUUUACCAAAAUAUACUCCCAAAAACAACGAGCCAUUAAAAUAUCAAUAUGUUUGUGUUAUUUGUGAUGCACAAUUUUUGAGUAAAUGUUCACUUACUAUGCACCAAGUACAGCAUAUCAAAUCUGACCGCAGUAGUUACAGUGUUUUUAUGGCUGAAUUAACUCAAUCUGCUAAAGUUUAGCCCAUCAAAUGUCAUUUGAGUUAUGACAUAAAGGUAACUCUAAUCCCUAUAAUGAAGUAUCAAGUCCUAUUUAUUUAUUUAUUUAUGUAACAAUGGUUUAACAUAAACUGUUUGAUACUUAUGGUUGUACAUUUUUAAGAAAAUAACAGUUUUUUUUUUGUAUCAUUUAAGUUUUUAUCAUACGUGCAUUACCAUUAAAUAUCACAACAUAAUGUGACCAUUGCCGUCUUUCAAACGUAUUAUAUUUACUUUUAUUUGAUUCCUA